CUUGUUACUCGACGUCAUAAAAAUUCUGCUGCUGAAAUCGCCGCUGCUUUUAAGUACUUGGCUGCACAAAAUACAGUAUUUCGAUUAACGGAAAGCGUCUUUUCACCCACUACAGAAGUACUGCAAGAUCCAAAGAACGAUGUAAAAACUUCACUCAAGGUCUGCCUUUCCACAUUUUCGGCUAACGACGUUCAAAAUGCGGUUACAGUCACGUUAGACACACUGAAGCUGGGAUCAUUGUCGCAGCUCAUCGUAUCUUUCCCUUAUGACGAAUCUACGGAUUUAUCCGACAACGAGUGGCUGGAAAAAGUUCGUCCUGUCUGGGAAGCUGUGGAGAGUCUUGUGGACAAGGAUUUGGUUCAUUCAGUGGGAGUAUCUGAUCUAGACGUUGACCGGUUACGAUUACUAUGUGAAGAAGCGAAGGAGCACAAACCCACAAUAGAUCAUUACAGUAUUGAUGGAUGUUGCACAAGCCACAAAUAG